CAAGUAUAAUAUAUUGGUGUCGGCGUGACACAAAUUCGAGCGUCUAUGAUCAUCACUUAUAGAUAGUAUGUACUCUUUAGUCUAAACUUCCAAAUAUUUAAAAACCUUCAGUCUUGUCCAGAUGGCAGUCUACAAGCAACUGAGCUAGCUGAGUGUGGACAAUGCCUAAUCAAUUCGUAUUGUCAAUUUGGCAGUAACAUUCAUGAAUCAUUUUGAUGUGUGUAUGUGCAAUAAAGAUGAAAUGAAUUUAAGAUCAAAAAAAUUGCUCAACAUUUUGGCGUCAGCAUGGUGAAUACAUUCAAAAUGGAUUUAGUAAAACAAUUUCAAAGUUUGGCCUGGUGCAAACCAGACUGGUGUUUCCCCAGCAUGAGUAAAGAGACCAAUGAGCUGCUGCGCCAGUGUGGAAACCUGCCUAAAGUGGAACUCUCCGAUAAUGUUGACGAGCUUAUUGCGAGGAGCAAAGCAUUCCCUAUACCGUUCCCUAUUGAAACUGUCCGGUUAGAAAAAUUAAAAGUGCGUCGCCCCAUAGAAAAGCUAAAGAAAAAUAUAGUAUCAACAUACCCUUUAAUACAUGAGCGAGUAUUACUGCUAAUGACUCACUUCCUUAUUUACAAAAGAGAAUUCGGCAGCGCUAUAGAGAAAGAGUUCUACAAAGACAUGAGUGUGCCCGAUCUGAUCGACCGUAUCCUGAAGAAGCGAGCUAUCACAUUCAUGGGCCCAGCUGACACAUACAUGCUGAUAUCUGGCGAAGAAGGAUCUAUGUUAGAUGGACUAUCGCCUCAGGAGCGCAAGGUGAUGCGGGCUCAGCAUUUUAGGAGUGUAGAAGGAUGGCAGAGUGUUGGCACUAUGAACCAGCGAGCUCCACUCUUGCUGGAGAACUGCCUCAGCUACGAUGAGAUGAAGAUAUCAGCCAUGGUCUUCGUGAGUGGCCAUACGGAGUGCAUCAACAAUGGGCAUAGGAAUAACAAGGGCGUGGUCAGUGAGGAGGAGGCGGAAAAGGAUGCCGUUAUUAUUGGAGCAAUAGGCCCUCGUUUCGAGCGCCUAUUCCGAAUGGACUUCGAAGAUAUUUUAAUAACUGAGGAGCAGAACGUGCCACAGAACGGUUACGGGGAGGAGGUGACGCCUACAACAUGUCUCAACGUGUUGAAGACGACCUACGUCAGGAACAACCAGUCAGCGAAACACAUGUGGAGGCAGAUGUGGUCGGAGUUCUAUCAGGUACACAGCUACACAUACGAGGAACUAACAUCAUACGUCAACGUGCAAAACAAAGAGGACGAUUUGAAGCACAUUGAUCGUUACGUGAAGCUAGCCAAGAACGACUACAUAUUCGAUAACGAAGUGUACUACAAACGCAUCAGUAUUAUCGCUGAGACCGUGUUGUUGGAGGCCGAGGCCAGGGCCAGGGUCGCGGGGAGGGAUGCCUAUCUCAAUGUUAUUGGAUGUGGUCUCGGAGUUUGGAAGGUAUCGCCCCACCAAGCAGACGUGUACGUGCUCACGUUCGUGGAACGUGUGCGCUACUUACUGCGGAGAGACAUGCUGCAUCACGUGACCGAUGUCAACUUCGCGUAUAUCACGCCCAGCCAGACCAUAUUGGCAUUAUUCAAGAACACAACAUGCUCAGACGAGGACACCGAGCACAAAGUAUUCUUCGAGAGCAAACGACAUCCGAGGGGUGGUAUAACAGUCCAGCUGAAGAAACGCGAGCCUUCAGCCAAGCUAGAGGGUGAUGAUGCCGGCAAACUGCUCGUCAUGACAUACCCCUGGGACGGUAAUGCUCAUCCCGGGAAUGAAUUCUGGCUCGGCAGCUUAAGCGGUUCGGGCGACCCCGCGGCGGCGUGUUCCACGCAAGUGUCAGAGCUACACAACGCCCACAUCAACACCUACCUACGAGCGCAUGCUACGCGCGUAGCGGGCGCUACGGGGCUACACACUCUAGACCAACACUGCGGAGAGAGGAGUGUAUAGACCGUUAUUAGUACACAGGUACUUAAGUACAUUCAUCGUUAAAACAUAUUCGAGUACAUAAUUGUGAGAUUUGUAAAAAAAACUGUUUUUUUAUAGUUAGGGCCGAUUUCUCGAUCGCCAGAUAACUUUUAUUCGACGAAU